GCAGUGUGAAAAUCUACAUCGGGAAGUCGCGUCGAAAUUUGACUUAUUUUUCUAAGACAAAACAUCAUUUUCUCACGUUUUUACAUCAUGCCAUAGGAUAAGUGUAUAUCGAACUGUCCGUCCGUUACUUAUUUGUUGGAAAAGUGUUCAGGAAUUUUGCAGUGAGAUUAAAUUUCUGUGCCGUUCACUUCACACUGGUUGACUGGUUUAUCACUGCUGAAUUUAUACCCAUUGGAUUGCAUGAAGAAGUUCUACGUAUGAAUGUGCAGUUGUCUGCAACGAAUUCUGCAACAACCUACGCAAGUCUGUUUAUGGUGGUGAUGCCUGGCCCUGGUGAAUUCCAGUUUUGAUAUUUGAACCAAGAAGAUGGCAACAGAAUCACCUUCAUUUUACCAGGGAGUUGUCGGCGGGGAGGUAGGCAUCGGAAGUCUUGCCUCUCACCUCAGCACCCGUUAUGGCACCGACCUUGACCUCUCCGACGCCGGCUUCCAGCAAAACCUGGAGUACAUCAAAGAGCAGAUCAAGAAGGACAUACGCAAAGAACUUAAACUCAAAGAAGGAGCGGAAAACAUGCGAAAGGUUACGACGGACAAGAAGAGUAUUGCAAACAUAAACAAUAUGGUGAAGCAGGCGAAUAUAAAACUGCACGAAUUACGCCAAGAAUUGAAUGAACUUAACGCUCACAUUGUGGUGAAUACUGAUGAAAUAACUGCUGCUUCAGGUGAUGCAAGCCCCCUGUCCCCAGUCAAAUCAGACGGCUCUACGUCGGACGACACCGGGGCCCUACGCACCGGUCCCGCUCCAAACAGUCGCGUCCUCGCUCUAGAGAAGCAGCUAGCGAUCGAAAUGAAGGUGAAGCAAGGCGCGGAGAACAUGAUUCAGAUGUACACGUCGGGGACGAAGGAUCGGAAGUUACUGGCCGAGGCUCAGCAGAUGUUGCAAGACAGUAAAGUGAAGAUUGAAGUCAUUAAGAUGGAGGUCAUUAAAGUACAGCAGAUGGCCGGGAAUAGUCAGUUCGGCGACUCGUCAAAUGCUGAUGGCGCAGAUCUAGGUUACCGCAGAGCGUCUGCGGCUGAUCUACAUCUAAGCCCUCUAGAGUUCAGGAUUGAGGAGUUAAGACACCAUUUUAAGAUUGAACUCGCCGUCGUGGAAGGGUUUAAGAAUGUCACCAAAAUGCUUAAUGAAAGUAGAUCAUCCGAUAGGAAAAGUUUAGCAGAGGCUGAGAAAGGAAUGGUGGAGUCUAACCAUAAGUUGGAUAUUCUGAGACUAGCCCUGGAGAAGAGAAUAACCGAGUUGACUCCUGAUCACAUCGACAAGAUGCAGCAAAUCAGAGAUGAACUCGCUAGUGGAAAGUCAUUGUCCUACGGAACCCUCCCCAAGCCUGCCGCUCUAACAGGUCGACUGGAGGUACGUCUAAUGGGCUGCCAAGACCUGAUAGAAUCCAUCCCAAACCGAGCAAAGUCCAACUCAAUAACAGGAGGAGCGUUCAGUCCGGGGGAGAGUAGAGGACUUCUCAAGGGCAAGACGUCAUUUCAUGGUCGAACGGGCAGCCGGUCCUCCAGUACGAGACGGGAUGAACUAUCUAAUGACAUUGGUGCCAUUUUGAAGUUAGACAAUGUUUCAGUAGCGCAGACGUCCUUUAAACCCAUCAGUAACCAGUGUUGGAAUCAGAGAUUUAGUGUGGAAUUAGAUAAGUCUCGAGAGCUGGAAAUCUCUAUACUCUACAAAGACUGGAGGUCGUUAUGUGCCGUGAAGUUCUUAAGACUGGAAGAUUUCCUCGAUAACCAGAGACAUGGACUCUGUCUUAACCUAGAACCUGCAGGGAUGCUCUUUGCCGAGAUUACAUUCUUUAAUCCCAGCAUUGAGAGGAGAACGAAACUUCAACGUCAAAGAAAGAUAUUCCCCAAAUACAAAGGCAAAAACUUCCUCCGAGCCAACCAGAUGAACAUCAACGUCGCCACCUGGGGCCGUCUAAUGAAACGAGCCAUCCCUCCAAACUGUACCUCACCCUCCACCCUCAGCCCCCCUGGGAUAGGCUCCUCGUUACCCCCGCCGGUCAGAGAAAGACCGGCUAUUCCAAUGCAGAGGCUGAGCUUCGACGGCGAACUCCCCGAGAUCAACCAGAAUAUGGAGACGUCGCCCAAGAAGACGAACGGCGAUCAAGGGGAGAAGAGGAGGGUACCUGAGAAUGAGUUAGAGGAUGCGUUAUCUGCAUUUGAUUUUCUGAAGAGUCCAAGUUCCGGCUCGGCACCUCCAACGCCAGACCUCCCCGAGUCCAGACCAAUAGUACCCUCACCAUCUACAUCCAGACCUCAACCUAGCAAUGCUGUAGCUCAGCAUGAGAUCAGUUCCAGUAGUUUUGUCAGUAUGGACAACUUCCGCUGUAUCAGCGUUCUUGGGCGAGGACACUUUGGCAAGGUGCUUCUUGCCGAGUAUAAGAACACGGGUGAAUUAUUUGCUAUCAAAGCCCUCAAGAAAGGGGACAUAAUUGCCAGGGAGGAAGUAGAGAGCUUGAUGUGUGAAAAGCGUAUCUUUGAGACAGCAAACAGUAUGAGACAUCCCUUCCUAGUCAACUUGUUUGCUUGCUUCCAGACUGAGGCCCAUGUCUGUUUUGUAAUGGAGUACGCUAUCGGCGGUGAUCUCAUGAUGCAUAUACACACAGAUGUCUUCUCAGAGUCUAGGACUGUGUUCUAUGCAGCGUGUGUCGUACUUGGCUUGCAGUAUCUGCACGAAAACAACAUUGUGUACAGAGAUUUGAAGCUUGACAAUCUUCUUCUGGAUCAAGAGGGCUUCCUGAAGAUUGCUGAUUUCGGUCUCUGUAAAGAAGGCAUGGGUUUCGGGGACCGCACCAGCACCUUCUGUGGUACACCGGAGUUCCUGGCACCCGAGGUCUUGACCGAGCCAUCGUAUACCAGGGCGGUAGACUGGUGGGGACUCGGCGUUCUUAUAUUUGAAAUGCUCGUAGGAGAGUCUCCAUUCCCUGGUGACGAUGAAGAGGAAGUAUUUGAUAGCAUCGUCAACGACGAAGUCCGCUAUCCAAGAUUCUUAUCCACAGAAGCUAUUGCUAUCAUGAGAAGGUUAUUGAGACGUAAUCCAGAGAGGAGACUUGGUUCAAGUAGGAGGGACGCUGAGGACGUCAAGAAACAAGCCUUCUUCAGAAAUGUGCAAUGGGAAGAAUUGUUAAUGAGGAAAACCACACCACCGUUUGUACCUAACAUAAACCAUCCAGAAGACGUGAGUAACUUUGACGAGGAGUUCACCCAGGAGCGUCCAGUGCUGACCCCACCCACCCGAGACCCUCGAGCAAUAACCGAUCAAGAACAGGACUUAUUCAAAGACUUCAAUUACACCGCUGAUUGGUGUUGAGGAAGAGUGUCCUCUAGUGGUAGUGUUUGAAUAUUGAAGGCUGUCCUCUAUUGGCGAGAUCAGGCCAACUUGUGGUUGUAAUGAGGUGCUGCCCUCUAUUGGCGUGAUCAGGCCAACUUGUUGUGAGAUGCUAAACAUUGAUGGUGAAAUAGAUGCGCAGAUAAACUGACUCCAAAGGCUGCCCUCAAUCACCGCAUUUGUGCCAGGCAGCAUUUAUGUACUUCUAGAUACGCAAACUUCCAAAGACAAGUUGCAGCAGAUGGCACAAGGUUGGAUCAAGAAUAACUCAUGAUGCGAUGAAUUUCGGAAGUCUUCAGUUCCUGAGAGGUUUCAAAGUCCCAAGACCACCAACCAAUUGGAAUAUUAUUGCGAUUUAACCGAUGAAGUCAAAUCUACAUCAAGGGGUCAACAAUGAAGUUAUGCCUUGUGUUUUUGCAGCAAUUCUAGUUACUCUGUAUUGCUGAAAAGGACCGUGGGCAAGCUGUUUUCUAAAUCGAGACUAGCCUACAGUUGUUCGUCGUGCACCUGGCCGGUUAAAGGACAAAACGAAAAGUUACCGGAGAAAGGGCGUAAGCAAUUGAUGUGCAAAGCUGCGUUUCAAGAAAACCAAGUGUGAAAGUUUGAUUGUUUUUUUUGCCAUUCAUAAGUCAUUAUAGACGAUGUGACCUAUGUUUACAUUCAAACUGCCCUCUGUUGAAAAAACACUGUACACGUCGUGUUUCGCCGAGCAAAAAGAUGCAAAGUCAUGGUAAGAUUGCGCGUACUUUCUAGCUCAAAGGUUUUGCCCGGCAGUAUGUGCGUGAUUCAUGUUGGAGUAACGUCAGAGGUCACAUCGUCUAUAGAGCCCCUUUCACACGAGCGCUGCAAACGCGGGACCCUGGUUAAGGGCCGCAGCCAUCUGUCACCUUUACCGCGUGCGAUUUUUUAGCGAGCAUUCACACGACACGCACACACACAUGUAAACAUACGUCCCUCGUUUAGGUAGGCCUACUGCAUGGACAAAAGUCUACAAGCAAGAGGUUUGAGUUAAAACAAAAACCUUACAUUUAAAA